CGAUAAACGUUGGAUCGAACGACGAGCGACGCGUUUCAGCCGGAAGUCCAGCAAUUUCCGAGUCCUAUCGAGGGGCGUCCGAAAACAGUACGAAGUUUACGAAAAGUUCUUGCCAAGUGCAGUUUGCGUGUGAACAACGUCAAGUAAAUGUAGAAUUUUAAAUCAUCCCUUUUUAAUAUUGUCAUAAUACUUAGCCAGAAGAAAAAAUGGCAUUGUACAGACUUAGCCAGAGAUUUAGAAGACGAUUUCGCCCGAAGGAGGGAGAGCAAGUAAGGGACAAAAAUUCGUUAGAAUUCAAGGUCUUGCUUCUUGAUGACACCGACCUCACUUUCCACUUGCACAAAAAGAGCAAAGGCCAGGUGUUGUUGGAUCAAGUAUUCAAGAAUCUAGAUCUAGUAGAGAAAGACUAUUUUGGUUUGCAGUUCAUGGAUACGCAUCAAGUUUCACAUUGGCUAGAUCCAACAAAGAAAAUCAAGAAACAAGUUAAAAUUGGACCUCCUUACACAUUACACUUUAGAGUCAAGUUUUAUGCAGCAGAGCCUCAUGAUCUUGGAGAAGAACUAACCAGGUAUCACUUCUUCCUACAAAUAAAACAAGACAUUGCAAAAUCUAAACUUGAGGUACCUCAAAAGAUGGCUGUAGAUUUGGUUGCAUUUAGUUUGCAAUCUCAACUAGGAGAUUAUGAGGCAGAUUUACAUGGAGAUGACUACAUGGAUGAAUUUAGAUUUUAUCCUAACCAGAACAAAGAGCUAGAAAAAGAAAUCAAAAAGAGACACAAAACUUUAGUUGGCUUGAAUCCUGCAGAAUGUGAAGUGAAUUUUCUGCGAAUUGUGAAAAAACUUGAUUUUUAUGGAAUAAACCUACACAAUGUCAUAGGUCCAAAUAAGAUGGAUUGUCAGUUAGGACUUACUCCAAAAGGCAUCACUGUUAUAAAAGAUAAUGACAAAGUGGCAUUUUUCUUUUGGCCAAGAAUAUCAAAACUGACUUUCAAAAAGAAACAUUUCAUUCUCGAAGUUCAAGAGGACCAAAAACAUGCUGAUGUUUACCACUAUGCGUUACCAACUGCUCAAGCUGCCAAACACUUAUGGAAAUGUGCUGUAGAGCAUCAUACUUUCUUUAGGCUCAUCAAACCAGCCAGUAAACCAAAACGAACGUCAAGUUUCCUUAGGUUUGGCUCUAGAUUCAGAUAUAGCGGUAAAACAGAGUACCAAGCUCAAAAGGAUUCACGUCUUAGUGCUCGCAAGUCAAUGAAAUUUAAAAGGGCUAGCAGUGAAAGGUUUACCAAACGUUCUACAAUCGGAUAUAUUCGCGUUGGAUCCCGUGUCUGGGGUAAGGCCUUGAAUGGCGACUUUUACAAGGGGGUCGUCACAGGACUAGGACAAAUGAUCCACAUCAAGUUUGAUAAUGGGGACACGAUUGCUCAUGAUCGUACCGACCCUGAAUGUGUCGUAUUUGAUCAAGAUCCUGACGCUAGCGAAAUACAAAUCGGUACACGCGUUAUAGCUCACUGGCCCACUUUACCUGCUUAUUUAUCUGGUAAAGUCAUCGGGAUGGAACACCAGAAGUACUACGUAGAAUACGAUGAUGGUGAUAAACACCAUAAUUCCAUCAACCAGAUGAGAAUUCUUAAACCACCCAUUUUCUUCGGUCCUGGCUCAGACGUCAGGAAAAUCAAGCUCAAGAAAAAGUCGGAGUCAAUGAAAGUAACGAGCCUUACAGGGAAAGCCGUCAUUACUACAGAACUACCGGCUCGCAAGAGUUCCGACAGGAGCAACGGUUCUUUAAAGGCUUCCGAAACAGACGGGGGACCCGCCUUGGAUACAGAGGAGUUACCUAGCAACGAACAAAGGGAUAGUAAGCUGCCAUCGAGAUCGCAGUCGUUCCCUGGCAACGUACGCAUCCAACGUGGAGAAUCUGGGGGCGAUACUUCAUCAGAAAAUGAUUUGAAGCAGCCCCGGAAUAAAUCAUUUGCCGGUACAACCAAGGUGCAGAAACCCCCUAUGAAUAUAUUCUCCCUACCGGAGACUGAUGUUGAUUCGGGUAUAACAGUUGCGUAUGAAUCGGGCAAGGAAUCAAGGAGAAAUGUCAAAACUUUUGUUUUGAUGAAUGACGACAAGGCAAAGAAGUCAAGUCGGUCGUCUUCGUCGGCGAGUAGUCGGCCAGAGAUCGUAGCGUCACGUGAUGCGCCUUAUGCACCGGACUUCUCUGAAGACAACCAAGAAAAACAGGAAGCAAAGUUUUAUAAUCUGGACGCCCAGAGGACCUUCCACGUGUUUGAAGCACCAGCCAAUCCCGAAGCAGCUGAUGAUGACGUCACUAAGCGCUUGUCGUACGUUGGUGGUAUCAGCUCGUCCCAGGACGCCUUGACGGACGCCGCAACGAAAUCAGAAAAGGAGAAAAAGAGACGAAGUUCUCUGCCGGAUAUCAGAAUUCUUGAACAUAUUUUACCGCAAGAUGGAAGGGAAGACAAAGUAGCCGCGAGCUCCGAGAAAAAAACUUCUUCUAUGAACAACUUAGCCAAAACUUCUGUGAACAAUAACAUGAAUACCACUCCACUUCACAUCGAUAAUCUUCACAACAUCUCAACAUCUGUCAGUCAGAAUGCUCCUGCGGUACCCAAUCCAGCCGCUGUGCAAACAAGUGAUCAUAAUAUUCUAGUGACGGACUUAUAACGGUGCCAAAGUCAUCGUGGUCGCUCGAAUUGUUUCUCCUAAUACAUACACAAUAUAUUACAUAUUUUUAUUUGUCGCUACAGUGCAUUCACAUAUACUAUAAUCCGCAUAUAUUUUUUAAUGUAAUUGUUCAAUAAUGUUGCGCAUGCCUCAAGGUUGGAUAUUGGAUUUAGAAAUACGUUAAUCCUUGUCUGGUUCUAAACAUAGAACAUAGAAGCCGAGACCCAAAUGUAUGCUGGGAAAGGACAUGAUAAUCCUCUAAUCAAUCAAUCAAUCAAUCAAUCAAUCAAACAAACAAACAAUCAAUCAAUCAAUCGUUUAUAAACACGUGUCGUCCAUGAGCUGGUUAAGCUCGUUCAAAAUACGAACGUGUCUGAUGCAUUAGCCAUUUCAAGGUAGAGUUGGGAUUGCAGUGCAUUGUGGGGCUGUUUUAAGGGACAUAUUUCCAAAAUGGCGUCUAUUUUGUCCCAUAAAACAGCCCUAAAAGUUUCUACGAUGCCAACGUGACCCAGUUAUUCCUUAACCUCGGAAUGCCGGAUUCGAUACACACAGUGAUAAUGAAACAUGAGUUACGUAAAAGCCUCCCCAUGCUUUCUGCCACUGAGUGCAACGAUUUAUGUUCCAAGAGUUGUAUCACUAACGUAUUUCCCAUGUACCCUUUCGGCCUCGGCUUAUAUGUUCUAAGAACUGUUAGUUUUAAAUUUGCUCAACUAAGUCUAUUCGUUGCUGACUUACAUUUCAAAAUUAGUCGUUUAAUUUUGUAAAAAUCUGGCCCUUGUGGAUAAGAGGACGCAAAACAUCGUAAGAUGGGGUCUUGCGAUCUCUAGCUUCGAUGAAAAAGACUGGUAAUGAUCCAGUCACUUACAGGAAUAGACUUAAAAUCUCUUUGCAAUAUUUUGAGGAUUCGCUUGAUUUGUUUGUAUUACAGUUAAACGUAAAUGCAAUAAAAACCGCAAACCAAAGCAACUACGGAAAAAUCAAUCAAGCAGCAAUGAUGAUAAGAGCAAUAAUAAUAAUACGAUCGGAUGAUGUAGAAUUGAUAUACAAA